GAAACCGGAUAAAAAGACGGAUGAAGAAUGGACAUAAAUGAAUAGAAAAACUGUCGCACAAAUUCGGAAGUGGAUCGAUCAUAGUGUGUUCCACCAUGUUGCGCAAGAACAAAGUGCUUACACACUAUGGGAGAAGCUUGGUAGCAUGUAUCAAGCAAAAACCGCCCGAAAUAAGACAUUACUAAUGAGGAGAUUAGUAAACCACAAGUUACGAGGAGGUAUUUCGGUGUCAGAACACACCAGUCAAUUCCAGGAUCUUGUGAAUCAGUUGAGCACCACCGGAUGGGUUCUCAAAGAUGAAGAGCAGGCGAUACUACUCUUGAGCUCUCUACCUGACAGCUGGGAGACUCUUGUUGUCACUCUCAGCAAUUCUGCCCCCAAUGGCAAAGUGACUAUGCAGAUGGUCACAGAUGCCCUUAUGAACGAAGAAGCCCGAAGAAAAGAAGCCGGGACUGAACAAUCAUAUGCCUUCGUGUCAGAAACCAACAGACGAGGGGGAGGCAGAAAUGGAGGAAGAAGUCGAGGUCGAGGUAGAGGCCAAGGUCAAAACAGAGGAAAUUCUCAAGUUCGCGGCCGAUCACAAGAACGAGGUAUGUCCUGUGAAAACAAUACUUGGUUUGAAGGAUAUUGCAACUAUUGUGGUAAUUAUGGGCAUAGAAAAAGAGAUUGUAGAAAGUUUCUACGAGAGCAGCCACAGACGAGUCAAAAUACUAGCCAAGAAGAUGGUGU